CCUGCCUCACUCCAGGAGAGACAGCUCGAAGACAAGCAGCAAGAUGAGGCUCUUGUUGUUUCUGGGUUUGGUUUUUGCUGCAUUCGAAAUCAGCAAUUCGAUUCCAGCUUUCUGCCAAUUGGAUCAGGAUGAAGGUGAAGGCACAAGCUUUACCUUCUCUCUGUUUUAUGACCCCGUCCAAGAUCAGUGCAACCCUUUCAUAUACAAAGGCCAAGGAGGAAAUGGCAACCGAUUUGAAAAUGAACGAGAGUGCAUAAGAAACUGUUCCACCAAUACAGAGGCAAAGUACCCCAUGAAUGUGGUCCAAGCUUGCCACUUUAAACAUGCUGUAGGUGGCUGCAGUGGCAAGUUUUUGAGGUAUUACUACGAUUCUGUCCAUGACAAAUGCAAAAAGUUCCUUUGGUCUGGAUGCAUCGGAAACGGAAACAGAUUUUUUGACCAGACCAGCUGCAACGCCACCUGUGAUGGCAUCCACGAUGAUCGUGAGGAAGCCGAGGAGGAGGAGCCGGACACUCCCAUUGCAAUCAUCUGUGGAGUUCUGCUUGCCCUCAUUGUUGCCGCUAUCAUCAUAACUGUGACUGUCUUGACCAUUCAGUCAAAGAAAAAGAACCCCAAGAACAAGGUGGAAGGGAAAAGUAAAGAACCCCAGUCUGGCUCACCUCUACAGGGCGACAAGGAUAUUGAAAUGUCAUAGAAAAUCCUGUCACCUCAAUAGCAAUAUGCAAAGUUACCAUUAAUUUGGAUUUGGAUUCUAAUUCUACAGGCCUUGAUACUAAACAUAACAACUUAAGAUGAAUUUAGAUUUUUUUUUACUGACAUAAUUUAAUAGCUACAAUUGCAUUGCAAUUUUGAUCAAUUUUGUAUUUUAUCACCUUUGUGCAAAGUGAUGUUUUUUAAGUUGUAUUUUUCCUGGAAGCUUUCAUUCAGCAAUCCAAAAAUAAACGUGAUAAGCCGUUCUGUAAUCAAAAGAAACCAGAUCUUAGUCAAUUAAUUGCUUUGUUUGUUUGAUUAGAUACCUUUUAUAAGUUAGUAAUUGUCAAGAUUGUUGUUCCAGGCACAAUGUCAAAGGUUUCCUUUAUUCUAGCGUUUUAGUUGUUUAGCUGCUUUCAUCUGCCUUAUCUGAUUUUAAAGUAUACAUGUUUUCGGACUGUUGGUGGGACGAAAUCAUUUAGGAUCCAGUGAUGGAAUGGUUUUUGACUUGAUUUAUCAAAAAUUCUAUAGACAAAAUGAAUAAUUGAAAACAAAUUGGCAAAUCAGUAAUGAAUGAACACACCUAUAGUAACUUUAAGGGGAAAUAUUUCCAUUUGAAGCAAGUAGGUUUCUUUUUAUGAAAAACACCUUGAUUUGUAAAUUGCCAACACACGACUGCAUGAUCACCUGGCUCAAAGAUUUGCUGAAAAAUGUCUUCUGUAGGGACGUCCCAAUUGUAAACCCAACAUAUAUUUAGAGCUGUUUUCGUGAAGUGAUGACCACACACUCUCUGUUAUUAUGUGUACCUGCUCAGCAUUUUUGAAUCUAUUGUUUUAGUCUGCAAACAUCUCAAUAUAAAAGUGUCAAAAAACAACAUUUUACAUUUUCUCCCAUGUAUGCUAAAACUUACGGCUGUGAUGUAAAAUGGCCAUGCUUUGUAUUUUGGAUAAUAAAGCGGUUUUGCCAAAGAAAA